AUGGUCUACACAUUGUAUACACAUCUGGAGAAUCACUACCGAAAAAUCAAAGAAUGGCUCCCGACCUUGAUUGAGACAUCCAAGCCUCUGCAAAAGAUUCCAGCCGCUCUUGAAGGCCACGACGCAGUCGACUGGGUCCCUGUGGAUGUCACAGCUCAAUCUUUGAUAGAACUCACGUUGUCCAGACUUGAAGACGACUUGACCAAGAAUCAAUUAUUCGACUGCUUUAAUAUUGUCAAUCCGCAGAUUGUCCAAUGGAAUGACCUGGUGCGCACCGUCUCUGACUUUUAUCAAAGGCAGGGAUGUGCCAUGGAGGUAGUCGAAUACAACCACUGGCUUAGUGCAUUGAAGCAGAUCGACCCUAUCUCCGAAAAUAUCGCUAAAUACCCAGGAAUCAAGCUGGCCGAACUCUAUGAGGAUAUGAAGCAGUUGGAGAACCGCAAGGUACACCUUGCUACGGAUCGGUCGGUGCUCAAGAGUAGUAGUUUGGCCAAUCUGCAGCCUCUCGAUGGUCCGCUUGUUGAAAGAUGGCUAGAGCGCUGGGCCUUUUGA